UUUAAACACAGAUUUGAGUGUGUGUUGAACGUUUGUGUCGCUACAUCUAUGUGUGCUCUUUCUAUCUGCGUCUUUGUUAUAAUAAUUCCCUGCUCAUCACUAGUAAAGGACAAUAUCGAGCAUAUUUUAGCCAAAUUGUUUGUGUUGCGUUUAAUUCCACUUUCGAUUAUUAUUCGUUAGAAGUACUUUUUUGUUAAUUGAAAUAUGAAAAAUUAGAAAAGUGUUGCGUAUGAGUUGCUAAUUGAUUUAUGUUGUUCUGCUAUACGGGAGUCUCGGAGAUAUCAUCUACCACUUGACUCAACAACACAACCUAUAAUUCGUAAAGCUUGUGCAACCGAAAUAAUACAAACUUGCAGAAAAGGAAUUGACAUUACAUGGAGAAAGUGGUACCUUUAGAACACGAAAAUACGGGUGAUCUUGAAGAUCCUGCAGAUAGUGAUGUCCAUGCGGUAAUCGAAAAGAGCUUGCUAACUCGUAAUGGCAAUGAAAGUGUUGUGCGUUAUACACGCACUGCUUUAGUUCAACUACGCAAUGAGCAGAGAUCUCGAAAAAGACCGAAGUGUGCUCUCCGCACUGAGUUGCAAGCAUUUUCGAUAUGGACGUGCCGUUUACGUGGUGAGUUGCAAAGGCUAGGUGUGUGGAAAGUAUCCACAAUGGACUUACAAUGCGACGGAAGCUGUAAAAAAAAUAUAUGCGGCAUGAUCGUGGACAUUGGCAACGUUACAUGUAAUGCAGGCGGCAUUAAUGGAGAUGGUAACCAAUACAGCAGCGGUGGAGUUCUGCAGUCAUACAUACCAGACGCGUCGCUAGGGCCGUUAGCCAAUAAACGCACAUUGCGUUGUGGUCGUUUUAUAAAUCAUCAAAGACGAGUUAAUGAAAUGAAUGCAGUAAUGUCUUCAGCUACUGCUCAUCAAGGCCUAACUGCCAAAUUUCACAUUGACCACCGCAGCAUGUCGUCCUCACAUCUUAUGCCUGCUUUUGCCAAAAAGCACAUGGGUAGCAUCUAUCCGGCAACAGCAUCAUGUGCUAACGGUCUUGCUGACGGGCUUCCGGUUAGCAGCGGGGAAUAUGGCAGUGAAAUUGGAGGCGACGAAGGAGUGGAAUCUCACAACAGUCGGGAAGGUAGAAUCCGUGGUAAGGAUCAUGAAAAAUUUAUCGGCAACAACUAUCGCCGUUAUAUAGAUGAAAACUACUUAUACAAAUCCAACUCUGGAAACCGUUUGAAUAAAGAAGGUAAUUUCAUAUUUUAA